UUUUUUUUGUUAUUAUUAUUAUAUUGAAUACUGCACUGUUGGGUAAGGCUCGCACGUUUAUCAUUUCACUGUACUUGUUCAUAUGAAAACUAAAUCUUCAAACUUGAAAUAGAGAGAGGCGGGUCGUUGAGUUGGCACUCUGCCCAGUCCUCAUACCGUUUGUGUUCCAUGGAACUCCACCAUGAACCCACCCCCACUUAAACUCUGCAUAAAGAGUGCACAAACUAUUCAGACUCAAACAAACCGACUAACACAACUCCUGACGUAUCUGAGGAGAGGAGAUGAGAGGAAAGGAGAUGUGAAAAGAGAAGAGGGACUUUUUAUGAAGACAUAGUUUAUAUUAUUGGGGGUGUCUUGACUGGACAUACUCAGAAGACUCCAGAUGUGUGUAGUUAGAGUCUUCUAACAAUAAUCUACCAGUACUGUAGUAUCUGAUAACAACACAGCAAAGGUCGACGGGCAGACACUAUUUGUACCACGAACGAUGUUCAACAGAAUGCAGGAGCAUGCUCUGACAGAAUGACAACUCCGUGGCUUGAAACGUCCCACUCGCUCGACUACACCCUUCCACCAGUGAUCAUUCACCUUGGUAACCACACGACGACAGCAUUGAAUAGCAACCAGUCCUGUAGUGGUGAUGACGAGAUCUUUAAGUACCGAGCCUACACUGUCACCUACCUACUGGUGUUCCCUAUGGCGUUUCUUAGCAACAUUGGAGCGCUGUUUGUGUUCCUGCGACUGAUGCCCAAACGGUCUGCGUCCUCUGUCCUCAUGACCAAUCUCGCCCUAUCAGAUGCAUGCUUCUCCCUCACCCUGCCGCUGCGAUUGGCCUACUACUUCAGAGGCGCUCGCUGGGACCUCCCUGAUUGGCUGUGCCGACUGUGUGUGUUUUGCUUCUAUCUCAACCUCUACACCAGCGUUCUCUUCCUUACUGGACUGAGCAUACUCCGUUGGCUGGCCGUGCUGAAGCCUCUCCGUCAUCGAGCCUUGGCCACGCCCCUUCGUGCCUUAUUGGCUUGCUUGGGCAUUUGGCUGUUUGUGGGCGGCGCUUCAGUCCCAUUCCUGUUUUCGGGGACCAGGGUGAGGGCGGGAUUAACACGCUGCUUCGAGCCACGUAACCCUGCCUCCUGGAAGAUGAUCUUCAUUCUCAACUACGUGGGCAUGACAUUCGGCUUCCUGAUCCCGUUCCUCACCAUCCUCGGUUGCUACGGCUGCAUCAUCCACCGACUGACAGCUACAAUCUCGUCAGCAUUAGGGUUGACUGGUAGCCUGAACAGGAACAAGAUACGUAACCAGGGGAGACGUCGGCGCCGGCGCCGGUCUCUGCGUCUGGUCGCCAUGGUGAUCUGCACAUUCCUACUGUGCUUUCUGCCCUAUCACGUGGCUCGCUCACUACACCUGCACGCGGUGGUGGGCAGGUGGGGCUGUGUUGCUACGGCGACACUGCAGCGGGUGUUGGUGGUGACGCUGUGUCUAGCGGCGGCCAACAGUGCGGUUAACCCUCUGUUGUACUACUACUCCGGGGAGUCCUUUAGAGCGGUCAUACGCAGCGCCUCGUCACGACGACGGUCCUUCUCCUCCUCCUUCACUCAGGGCAGCCUGCUGCUCUCUCGCAGAAAGAAGACCACAAUGCAUACAACAGCAACAAUGCGAGACUCACCCCUCGCUCCACCCCUAACCCUUCCUGGGUCCCUACCAGACACACCCCUCGCUCCACCCCUAACCCUUCCUGGGUCGCUACCAGACACAAACCUCGCUCCACCCCUAACCCUUCCUGGGUCGCUACCAGACAGAACCCUCGCUCCACCCCUAACCCUUCCUGGGUCCCUACCAGACACACCCCUCGCUCCACCCCUAACCCUUCCUGGGUCCCUACCAGACACACAAAGCCGUGUGGAAGACAGUCUAUAAAGGGUUCAAAACCUAUUUGCCCUAUACCCCACCUCUACUUACAGACACUGAGACCUGAACACCUAGCUACAUUCUCCAGAAUCAGAGACACUUUGCUGCACAUGUAAAAUGGAGCCCUGAGGCCUGAACCAGAACCACACACACACACACACCCACACGGAGACACUAACCUUUAGGUUUCCGAGGCACUUUGUGGGUGUGCUCUCUGUUAUUUCCAUUCCCGCUGCCCGGCCGGCAGCCACAGGUGCCGGGCCUACUUUUGUUUGAUCGUUUAUUAUCCCAGUGUUAAUCAUUACACUCUUCAUAGAUGUAUCAUAUAGGUCAAAAACAGUUUGCACAAGUCCCACAGGCUCACAUUUGUAGGUUAAAUUUAAUAAUAUCUUCAGUUGAUCAUAGUGACUGACAAUUGUUGCCUACGUAAUACAUAUUUAGUUUUUUCCUUGACAUUGAAGUAACGGAUAUAUUUGAUGCAAGAGCUUCGAAUACCAUAUGCGUCUCACAAAAGACCUCAUCCAACAUCAAGAGGCUCUUGUCCAGUUUGACAUUGCAUAUAAAGUUAGCAGGGCCAUUGGAGACUAGCCAGACCUCAUGCAGAGAUUUGAUGAAGGCUGUUGGCUGAAGCCAGAGUCUGGAAAGCACUCAAUCUCAAGGACAUCUGAGGAUAUCAACCAUAUAGUAAGUGUGCUUCUUGAUCAGGUGUGUACCUGAUCAAGAUUACUUUGACACCUGUCAGGUUUUACCAAAGCUUCCAGAACAUCCAAAUAAACCUGUUGCGCAAAUUGGACUAUGAGAAACUAGUGUUGUGGAUCAGCAACCCCAAACUGAAAUCACACUGUGAGAAGAACAAACUGUCUGCUCAUUUGGCACGCAGACAGAGGCCCAAAGUUGACAGUUGAUUUCAGCUGUAGUGCUAAGACCCUAGAAUAUAAAUUGUUAUCUUAAAUGCCACAGUUAGAGAAGUGAUGUAAGAAAUGGGAAAGAAUAAGUAGUACUGAAACCAAUGACAAUGUAGACUCACAAAAUGUAUGUUUAUUUUUAUAAUGUUCAGUGGCGUGUAUUCAUGGUUGCCAAGGGAAGCCAGGCUGCCCACAAAAAAAUUACCAAAAAAUAAAUUAUUAAUUUAUCUUUCGUCUCUGUGUUUCAUAAUUUUCCUUCAAUUUGAAAGAAGCUGUAUGUUUCUCACCUUCUGUCUUUGUAUGUGUAGGCCAUCUGAUGCUGUCUGGUCAAAAAGAGUAUGACAUUGUUGCCGCUUGUAGCAUUUAAUGCAAGGGAGUCCAACAUGCAUUUGGCCUCCUUUGAUAAAAAAAGUAUAAAAUAAUAGCCAAUCAGGGUUGAGCUAAACUGAGUGAGUUCAACUGUGAAUGGUCCUGGAGCACCAAAAAAAGUGUCAAGGGAAGCCAGUGAGGAUUUGGCUUUACUCCAAACGUAAUUGACAGAAAAAAAACUUGAAUUGUUGCAUCUCGUUGUGUUGUUGUCCUCCAGUGGCUAGCUAGCUAAAAUUGGUAUUUUCCUAAAUUGGCCAUGGAUGGAGACAAGGAUUUUGACUUUUUAAACUCUCCGUAUUGGCCGAUGAUUAUAACGGCAAUUCUGAUCCAACCAUAAAUGCGUACAUUGCUGUGCCUGAGAGGAUGGAAGUUCCAUAUGUAGCUAGAUGUAACU